GACGCAGCAUCUCUUGGGUCGCAGAAGGGUGGGAUAACAAAACAAGGAUGGCUGUAUAAAGGCAACAUGAAUAGUGCCAUCAGUGUGACAAUGAGAUCAUUCAAAAGAAGAUUUUUCCACUUAAUCCAACUUGGUGAUGGAUCCUAUAAUCUCAAUUUCUACAAAGAUGAAAAAAUAUCAAAAGAACCCAAGGGAUCGAUAUUUCUAGAUUCAUGUAUGGGAGUGGUUCAGAACAAUAAAGUCAGACGUUUUGCAUUUGAACUCAAGAUGCAAGACAAGAGUAGUUACCUUUUAGCUGCAGAUAGUGAACUUGAAAUGGAAGAAUGGAUAAACACUCUGAACAAAAUCCUUCAGCUUAACUUUGAGGCUGCAAUGCAAGAAAAAAGAAAUGGAGAGUCUCACGAAGAUGAUGAACAAAGCAAAAUGGAAAGUUCUUCAAGUAUUUUUGAUAACUACUAUCCUGAAAUUGCCAAGAGUACCAGAGAAGCAGAAAUCAAGUUGAAAAGUGAAAGCAGAGUUAAACUUUUUGCCUUGGAUCCAGAUGCACAGAAACUUGACUUUUCUGGUAUUGAACCAGAAGUGAAGCCAUUUGAAGAGAAAUUUGGAAAAAAAAUUCUUGUGAAGUGUAAUGAUUUGUCUUUUAAUUUGCAAAGCUGCGUUGCAGAAAAUGAAGAAGGACCCACAACAAAUGUAGAACCUUUCUUUGUCACAUUAUCACUGUUUGAUAUUAAAAACAACCGAAAGAUUUCAGCAGAUUUCCAUGUUGAUUUGAACCACGCCUCAGUAAGGCACAUGAUAUCCAGUGCAUCUCAACAAAUGAUGAAUGGCAGUGGUGACAGCUUACACAGAAUUCAAGACAUUCAUGAAACUGUGUUACAAUAUCCAAAGCAGGGAAUAUUCUCCGUCACAUGUCCUCAUGCUGACAUUUUCCUCGUGGCUAGAAUAGAAAAAGUAUUACAAGGAAGUAUUGCACAUUGUGCCGAACCAUAUAUGAGAAGUUCAGAUUCUUCAAAG